CCGGAGGACGGUGGUUGGGAAAUGCAUCUUCUGAGUACAAUCUCCGAGUGGCUUCUCGCUAUUGCGACUUGUAUAUUUCUUCUAAGUUUCACCCACGAAUUUCGCGAAAUAGAAAUGACUUAUCCUAAGGUAACUUACAAAGAAGACUACGCUAAAAAAAUGUAUGGCCUAUUCAAUGCAUCACCAGACUCAGUCAGUCCAACAACAAGUAUUUGAUCUCUCAUUCACAGUUCCCGUGGUUACGUGAAUCUCCUGUCUGAGUCUCCGAUGAAUACUCCGUACGUCGAAAUUCACAGCCAGGAUACUCCACUACGGGAUUCGGAAUCUUCGCGACUGCUCAACGUCCAAAUGACUUACGGCUUCCAAACGGAGGCCGAUUAUCGUCCGCAAGCUUACAAAACAUUCGAUUCCGGGAAUUCGCAAAUUAAUCCAGCGGUCAGCAGAUUGAGAACGGAAAGCCGACAUUACAAUUGCAAUGAUAGCCCUAAUCACAAUUAUUUAUUGUCAUCAAUAACAACAGAAUCACAUCAAACAACUUCGACUUCAGCAGUUUGCCAGACAAUUUACGGGACUUUGACUCCGGAAAAAAGUGAUAAAUUAAAUUAUAAUCACGGUACGACUGAUAAAUUUGAAAAAUCUUCCAUAAAUUAUGAAUUUGAGUUACCCCGUAGCGAUAGUUGUAGUAAAAUAAUAAAUUGUUUAACCGAGUCAAAUAAUCAAGAUUAUAAUCAAAUUUUCUCAUCGGAUCUGAAUAAUGACCAAGAUGAGGAUAAAAUGCUAUUAAGCCACAAUAAUAUUGAAAUUAGAAGCACAAGUAACAGCAAUAGCACCGAUAAUUCAAUAGCGGCUUCCAUAAAAAGUGACGAGGACAUCGAUACCGAAAUGAGUUGCUGUGAUAUAGAGCAGUGCCUAAUUCAGAUUGAAGAAAGCCUAUUGAAUAUCGAACAAAAUUUACUUCACGUUCAAAAUCUUGAGAUACCACAGCUCAAUAAUUUACUGAACAACCGAUUUAUUAUCAACAAUUACAAUCGUAAUAAUGAUUACGUAAAUAAAUACCAGAUAAAUCCUCUGAGUACUUACAAACGGCCUUCUAGUGAAAACUCAAAAUAUAAUUACAGCAAUUAUUUUGAUAAUAACAGUACCAGCUCGUUGGUUAGAAGUUGCUUGAGGCUUUCACACUCGGACAGCGAUAUCGACAUUGAGAAGAAUAUUUAUUUAAAUUCACCUCGGCAUGAUUGUCGUCUGGAUAACGAUGAUUUUAGCUACAAUAAAUAUUCCUCUUUGCUGAAGAAAUCUCAGACUUUGAUUGAGGAUAAUUUUAAAAAAAUUCAACUGCUCAGUGAAAUAAAAAGUGACUUUAUUAAUUUGAAUUGUAGUAAUAGUUUAGAUAGAUCUAUUAAGUUGAUAAAUAGUAAAAAUUUGUGCAAUUCAUUUGAUAAUAAUAGUUGUAAUAGUUAUAAUGAUAAUGAUAAUGACUAUGAAAAUGAAGACUAUGAUAUUAAGAGGGUUAAAGAAAUUUCGGGUAAGAAGAAACGUAUUAAUUCGUUGAGUAAUUAUUUUUGUAAGAGUAAUAGUAUUUCUACUUUUUCUUCGUUAAUAAAUAGUAGAAAAACUUCAUCGCAGGGUGCUAUUGAAAAAUAUACGCGUGAUAAUGGAUUCAAAGUUAGGAAGAAGAAACGCGAUAUUUGCAGGAGAAGUAUUAAUAAUACUUCCAGUGAUGGGUUGUUGAAUCAAAUAAAUGGUAAAAGUGAUUUAUUGAGGAAGAAAUUUAAAACUGUCACGACGACAAAGGAUAUUGUUAUGUCCUUCAAAAAAUUACAAGCUUGUAAUAGCAAGGGAAGAAAUUUAAUGAUCCAGGAUUUUGAUUGCGAGACCAAGAGUGAAGAUGAUAAAAAGAAGGUGAUUGACAAACCAUUGAAGAAUUCCAUGAAAAAUCAAUUGCAGGCGAAUGAUAAUAAUGCUCUUGUGCCGAGUAAAUUGUUGUCAUUGUCUUUUUCACUGUUGUUAGCGGCUUUACUUCAAGCAGUGCGUUGUCUUGCUGAUAUCGUUGAAGACACAUUUCGCUCGGUUACUUUUGAUAAGUAUGUUUUACGCGAAUAAUUUUAAUGUGAUUCUGAUUUUGAGCCAUUGAUUGUGGAGCUUAAAUUAAUUUGUUAAUUAAUUUUAAGGUUGAGUUUUUAUGAUAAAUUUUAAUUUAGAGAAACUGUGAUUUUGUGGGAGUUUUUGAUACUGCGAAUGGAAGAUAACUUUGAAAUUUUAAAACUUUAUUUUGUAAAUUAUAAAUAUUUUAUUUGAUUCUUUCUUAUAUUUUAUGAGCAAAAAUGGCAAUAGUUUUAACUAUUCAAAUAAACUAAAUAUUCAAACAAUAUUCGAAAAAAAAUAUCAAAAAUUUUUUAAAACAUGGUUACUUUUUUUUUAUUAUUUAAACUCACUAAUUAAAGUUAGCUAUUUCCAUUAAAUUUUUUAAAACUUAAAUAUAAAAAUGUAGAACUAUUUCAGUACUUUUUAAGAUUAAUUAGUGAAAAUUGUUUGUGUUUUAAUAUUUACCAAAAUUUGCAGAUAAAAAUGAUAUUUUUCACUAAAAACAUAUUGUAUUAAUAAAUUCAAUGGCUGUAGAAAAAUCUUUGUUCAGUUUUGUAAUAAAAUAAAGAUGUAUGUAGAUAUCAAUAACUUUGAAAAUAAGUCUGCAAGUGUGGAUAGAAUGAAAAAAAAAAAACACAUAUUUUUUGUUUUUAAAAUUUCAUAGAGCCUACACAAUUAUAAAAAUAAAAAAUUGAAUAAGUGCCGUGAAUUAUUCCAAAGGCCUGAUUGCAAAUAAAUUAUAUUUUACAAUCACUUUAUUUAUCUAUCAACCUAGUCUAAUAGUAAAUAA